AUGGCACCGCAAAUAUGGCUGCCCUCAGAGCGCUCUUCAGGGGCUCAACAGAAAGCCCUCAUUCACUACAUCUGUGGUAACCCGGGCCUCAUCGAAUACUACACCGACUUCCUCAGCCAUGUGCGCGGCCUUUUAGACAAGAUCGAGACAGACACUGCUUAUGAUAUCUACGGCACUAACUUGCUCGGCUUCAGCGACGCUGACCAUGAGCCAUUUACUUCAAAGAAUAAACCUUGGGAUCUGGAGGGACAGAUUGAGGGCAUGUAUGAUAUCGUUGCGGCCAAAGGAAAAGGGUACGACUUCGUGAUUCUCAUGGGCCAUUCUGUUGGGUCAUUCAUCACUGUUGAGAUCUUUCAUCGCCAUACGAAGAAUCCGGAGCGAGCGCCGCAUUUGAAGCUUCAACAUGGAUUUCUGAUAUGUCCUACGCUUACGCACCUUGCUCGGUCAUCCAAUGGCGUACAGUUCCAGCUAUUGCAUCAAUUCAUUCCCUUCCUCGACACCGCAGCUUGCUUACUCGCACGUCUUCUCCUCGGCCUUUUCAGUGUCGCAAGCGUGACUUGGAUCGUUCAGCGCCUCCUGGGCUUUACACCUGCGAGUGCAGACGUCACUGCGCGAUGGUUGAAGAGUAGAGAUGGCGUGUUGCAGGCAGUUCAUCUGGGAUUGACGGAGUUGGAGAUGAUAACUGAAGAGAAUUGGAACGACGACCUAUGGGACACGACAGGAGAGGAAAAUGGAGUACCAAAGUUCUUUUUGUUCUAUGCCAAGAAGGAUCACUGGAUUCAUGAUGACGAGAGGGACGGCAUCGUGGAAAAGAGAGGAGAUAAAGCGAGGAUUGUGCAGGAUGAAGGGGAUAUUCCUCAUGCGUUUUGCACGAGAGAGAAUGCGAGCUUAGAAGUUGCAAGGCGAGUCUGCGGUUGGGUCGAAGAGAUCGAAGCAGCCAACAAGUGA